UACCCGUCCACUGCAAUCACCUCCUCUUCAGCCACUUCUCUAUACACACCAGCAUGCAGAGAGUUUGUCUAUGAUUGUCGAGCCCCGCGUUUUCAGUCAAUAAUCGUCAUGGCUUCGGCCCUCUUCUUCCUCGACUUGAAGGGCAAGACCCUUCUUGCUCGAAACUAUCGGGGUGAUCUCCCUAUGUCCGCUGUUGAAAAGUUUCCCGUUCUCCUUUCGGAAGCCGAAGAAGAGUCUUCGGCCGUUCCCCCAUGUUUCUCUGAUGAGGGAAUCAACUAUCUCUAUAUCCGCCACAAUAACCUCUACCUGCUUGCUCUAACGAAACGAAAUACCAAUGCAGCAGAAAUCCUUCUGUUUUUGCACAAAAUCGUGGAAGUGUUCACGGAAUAUUUCAAAGAGCUGGAGGAGGAAUCAAUACGAGACAACUUUGUCAUUAUUUACGAACUGCUAGACGAGAUGAUGGACUUUGGGUAUCCUCAGACAACCGAGUCGAAGAUUCUACAGGAGUACAUUACCCAAGAGUCGCACAAGCUUGAAGUCCAGGCACGACCACCAAUAGCCGUCACUAAUGCGGUGUCAUGGCGAAGCGAGGGGAUAAGAUACCGCAAGAACGAAGUCUUUCUCGAUGUUAUCGAGUCCCUCAACCUGUUGGUGUCUUCAACCGGCAACGUCUUGAGAUCGGAAAUCCUGGGAGCUAUAAAGAUGAAAUGCUACCUGUCUGGCAUGCCAGAACUCCGGCUGGGUUUAAACGACAAAGCCAUGUUUGAGACCACAGGAAGGGCUACACGGGGCAAAGCCGUUGAAAUGGAAGAUGUCAAAUUUCAUCAGUGCGUAAGGCUCUCCAGGUUCGAGAACGACCGGACGAUCAGCUUCAUUCCACCAGAUGGAGAAUUCGAACUGAUGAGUUACCGACUGAAUACCGCCGUCAAGCCGCUAAUAUGGGUCGAGUGCGUGGUCGAAUCCCACUCCGGAUCCAGAAUCGAGUACAUGCUCAAGGCGAAGGCACAGUUCAAGCGGCGGUCUACCGCCAACAAUGUCGAGAUUAUCAUCCCCGUACCGGACGACGCAGACACACCAAGAUUUCGAACAAACAUCGGCUCCGUACAUUACGCCCCCGAAAAGUCCGCCAUUGUUUGGAAAAUCAAGCAAUUCGGUGGCGGCAAAGAAUUCCUGAUGCGAGCCGAGCUUGGCCUCCCAAGCGUUAAAGGCGACGACGAACGUGGUGGCGGUAUGACUGGUGGCUUCGGUGGCAGUAUGGGAGGAAUUUCGGGAGAGGGCAAGGGGAAGAGGCCCAUCAAUGUCAAGUUCGAGAUUCCUUAUUUCACCACCAGUGGUAUUCAGGUCAGAUACCUGAAGAUCAUCGAACCAAAGCUGCAAUAUCCGUCUUUACCCUGGGUUCGAUACAUCACCCAAUCCGGCGACAUUGCGGUGCGAUUACCUGACGUGCAAGGCUGAGAAGCCGAUAUGUGCGAGAACUGCUGCUCUUAGGCUCUCCAGACCUCCUUGACGACAGCAAGCUUGGAUCGGUCAUGCUACUGGAUGUGGCAUUCCACCCGACUACCACCCGUAGGCCUGCCGAAACAUUCCAUCGUACUCGUGGUCGGUGCCCAACCCUUCGCCAUCCAAGGAUCCCUUUUCCGCACCCAUGCGGUCACACCUCUGCCGUGGUCACAGCUGACCAAAACCCAACCGGGGUCUUUCAGGUGCUUUCGUGCAACGUAUAAGGCUUCGAACGAUGGGAUAUGUCAGCGGGUAGAAGAACUUGGAACCGGUGGCCUGUUGACGAUGUAUCACGCCUAUGGUGAUAUUCAAACACAAACUGUCGCCAGAAAUGAUGUACUACUGAGCGCAAACGAAUUAUCUGUCCUAGCUUGAUGGAAUGAAACAUCCCUUCCAAUUCGAUUCCGAUUUCAUAUCCAUUGAGUUGACGGGUUGAAGGAGAAAUCCAAUCAAUUGAGUGGCUUUGGCUGAGAGGCGAGUAUGCACUGUCCCGAUUCAGCUCCCUACUGCAGUCCGCUUGUCUACUGCAGGCUUCGUCCCGUUCUGCGGUCAAUCCUACAACAAGCAGUAGGGGUUGACCCUGCUACAUUCGGUCUUCAAAUGUACAGACUCGUUGAAAGCCUAAUACUUCAGAUGGACAUCAAAGGCGUCUGCUCCAUCUCAUGGAGACUAAAAGACAAGAUAGCCGCAUUGUCCCGGGCUAUCCUCUGUCAUCGAGCAGGUCGCUAACGACCAAAUCCAGGAGCAAAAGUCCAAAACCUUUCGCUGGUAUCUGAUUCCUGGAUGACCCUUGCUGAUCGCGAGGGGCUGCUAUCCGCGUAUGCACUAAAGAUGCGAUCUCAGUUGACUGAACCUUGAUCUGGCAGAAGCCUGAGCAAUGCUUCGCUGCGAACCGAGCGACUCCGGCACCCACAAAGCACACAAAGCGGCUUUCCGGCGAUGCAGGCUGGUCUACGGAGUACUCAUUUGAACUCUGUUGUUCCUAAUGUGAUAUCUUUCAGAAAAUACUGUCACAUCCAAUGGCUGCCCCUACCGACACCAGGCGCACACGGGACAACGACUAACUUACUAAAGCCAAAGCACCCAAUGCGAGCUAUACCCCUGGAAGAAUUACGGAGUAGCAGUGGUGAUUGCUCUCUGGUUGGGCUACGUGGCGGCACCUCCAAGCGCCACUCAACAGCUCAAGCGAGAAGAACAUGUGCUCCGAUCCUGGUUUUAGAAUCCACCACUACUCAACUCCGGAGGAACUUUCCCCUUUGAUGUCAUCCACUCUCCGUUUUCGCGCAACACGAUAAGUCGACCAUUGAUUCGGUGGGCAAAGGACGGGUAUGCUUGUAUAUCUCGCACCCUACUAUGUAUGCCUCCCCACCUAAUUGCUUCGGGCGCCGAUCUGAUUGUACCUCCAGCAGUCGUUCCAAGAAAGUCGAAAUGGCGCAAGAUGGGCCAGCAUAAACUGAGUUCUAAAUCCCGUUGCUUCGACAGAGCGAAUCGCUGCGUUGUGGUCGCUAGCACAUUUGAACAUUGACCUGACGAUCCGCAACGGGAAAUGAUUCCGGCGUCACUUUCCGUUUGGGCCAAACGUACGGAGGCGUGCACCAUUACUAUUGACCGCGCUAAAAUUUAGUGUGGACAGGGGAUACAGCUUGGCAGCCCUCAGAGUUGCGGUAUAAGGAUUGCCUACCAUUUUGUAUGGCGGUUUUUAGUACUCGCCUCGAGAUUUUUGUACUCUAUAUAUAAAGCCUA